GCCACACGUACGUGCGACGCGCUUAAUUAGCGCGGGCGCCAUUUUUGUUUGUGUGUGCGUCAUUUAAUUACCCCGUUUUAAUUAUUCACGUAUGAAUUUUUUUCCCCAAAACCCCUUACUUCAGACGUCAGCCAAUCAAAAUCAGUGACUCAAAACAAAAUAUGAAUAUGCAUAGUAUACUAAACAUACCUCAAAGAUUUAUAAAAAUGUAAAACCUACUUACAUAAAUAUAAUUUAAUUUUUCCUUUAGGUAAUUUUCUAUACCCUUAGAAAUGCAUAAUUAUUACAAAAUUACGGUUAAAAUAUAAGGUUUUUAGUUUGAUUGUCAAAAUAAAUAAAAAUGAGUUUUUUAAGCUUAGCUGUGAAUUCCUUUAAGUGAACGAGGAUUUGCUAAAUCGAAAUAUUUGUUUACAUUUCUACUUUCAUUUUUUCUGUCAUCGUGACUCAACCCCCAAAAUGCGGAAUUUGAGAGCGUGCCGAGACAACAGAGGGGUACCAAUCAUCCCCCUUCCCGGAGAUCGACUCCUACAUCAGGGUGUACUGCAUCUCAAAAGGGGGUGUGGCAGGGGAGAUCAGGAGAUGGACUUAUUUCUCGGAGGCUCAGCUCCUGGUGUAUGACGCCGUCAAGAACAGGUGGUGUGAGAAUAUUGGCAGACAGCACAUGAGCAACAACAUCAUGAUCUUGGUGGACUUGAGGAGAGGGGUCUACUACCAGAAGUGCCACGACCCCACCUGUCGAGCGCAAGGCUACAAAUCCGACGAUCACCCCGUUCCUCCGGAGCACCUCCCUUCCUUCACCGACUGGGACGAGGAUGAACUGAUCAACGUUUCUCUACGAGUGGAAGAAGAUGCAAGGUCCAACGAGAUGAAUCAGAACAGCUUUUGCUCUGACUUUGACAGUUUCCAUGACGACGAUGCUGAUGAGGAGCUGAUAAAGCUUGGUGAGAGAUACGAUGCACCGGAAACGGGCAAUGACGGCAAGACUGUACACCGGACAGUGAAUCUUGUCCAGCUGAUACCAAGUCCAACCUUCAAGUCCAGCAUUUCACCAUCUGGAAUCCGAAUGGAUGUGCCAGUCAUUAGUGAGUCCAGAUCUGAUGCUAGUUUCCGGAACUUUACCUCAUGGGUUAGUUGGGCCGAUGUUGCUCCUCCACUCGUUAAGUCACGAGCCUGCAGCAACGUCUCUGAGCGAUGUCUUAAUGUUGAUGGAGCACAUUCAUCUGAAGAAACUUGGGCUUUGUGCAUAAGCACUGUUACUAGUGGCUUGUUAAAAAAAGACAGAUCAGAUAUGCCAUUAGUUUAUUUUGGCUGAAAAAGGGGGAUGUUGAAUACUUGUCCGUCAAAUUAUAUCAUAUUUUAGUAACAGUGUGGCCAAAUUAGGCGUGGGGGGGGGGGUGGUGGUUGCUACAGAAUAUUU